GCAGCUAGUUCUGUCUCAUAUCAGCGCAAAUAUGGCGAAAGCGGCAGCAGGUCAGGAGUCAGAUGAGUAGUAUAAAGUGUUUACUUGUUUAAAAUAGUUUUAAAGUGUACAUUAGCCACCCGAAGAGUGAAGUAAAGUUACUUAACCCUGUUUUACAACACACAACAAACCACAAAUCAGGAUUGUUGACGACAUUUUCUCUAAGAGGACUGGAAUGAUGACUGCGAGUGGAGGUGGAGGUGGAAGCUGUUUAGCCAUGAGCCUAUCUGCUCUGCAGAGGCUCGACCCCUAUAUCAGCAGCAUCACAGACCUGGCCAGCCAAGUAGCAUUAUACACCUUCAACAACACCACAAAUGAAUGGGAGAAGACAGAUGUGGAGGGAACUCUUUUUGUCUAUAACAGGCUUGCCUCCCCAAGGCAUGGUUUCACCAUCCUGAAUCGCUUGAGCAUGGAAAACCUGACGGAGCCCAUCACUAAGGAAUUGGAUUUUCAGCUGCAGCAUCCAUUUCUUCUGUACAGAAAUGCACGCUGUAAGUCUCUCUGUGAAACUGUGUCCAUCUAUGGCAUUUGGUUCUAUGACAGAGAAGACUGUCAGCGUAUUGCAGAACUCAUGAAGACUUUGGCAGCACAAGAACAGCAGCUAAGGGCGCAGGUAGAAAGAGGCUGUGUAUCCCCACGAUCGGCAGAGCAGGGGGUGGAUAUACUGCAGAUGCUCACAAAAGCACGAGAUGACUAUGACAAGGGAAAACCCACUUUUGAACCAAAGGAGAUUGGCAGUGGCGGUGUAAUCUAUGGAAACCCCCAUCUUAUUAAACCUAUUCCUCUCAAACCAGCACAAGACCAGCACAUACAGGGACAAACACGCCAGGAUGGAGAGAUGGACUCCAAACAUUUCUCAGUUACCACUUUGUUUGGGGCUCAGCCAAACCCAAGCUCUAUCUCCCCACAACCCAGCUUAAAUGUCAACAGGACGGGCCCAGCUCGACCCUUAGUAGCCCGUUCUCUGUCUUAUGACGACCCGGCCCCAGCCAGUGGCGCUAUGGUUUCCAACACCCCUAUGCAACACUGCCCAGCCAUCCACAAACUCAUGUCGGGGGCGCUGCUGCAGCCCCUGUCUGAGUCCGCAGAAUGCCGUCUUCGUGAAAACGGAGCGGUCCAGAAUCAGCCAGACCCAAUACAAAGACUCCUAAUGAACCCUCUUCCUGUGGCAGGAGCACCGUCUGCCCUGCAGUUAAACCACGGAGAGUCUGGGAUGGGGCCGCAAAUCCACCCACAGCCUAUAGGUGCAGGAUCGACCCAAAUGCUCCAUGUCCCUGCCAAAGCGCCCCCUGUUGGGGUGAGAGGCAAUGUGGUGUCACCCCAUGAGCUUCUGCAGAAGCUUACUUUGGUGCAAAAGGAGCAGGAACUCCAUCCUCUUCAGGAUCUUUUACAACCCAACCAAACCACCAGCAGUCCCAGUCUCAGCAAAACUAAUCCUGCACAGGUGAUCUCGCCACAACGCAUCCCAGCAACUGUAGCCCCAACCCUCCUGUUGUCACCCAGCGUGUUCGCUAAGACUAAAACCACCAGAGCAGUGGCAGAACCGGAACCAGCUGAACCCAGAGCACUUAGCAAGACUCAGUUACAGGCCACACUGCUCCAUCUCAUUAAGAACGAUGCCUCAUUCCUCAACACCAUCUAUGAAGCAUAUGUCUCCCGUCUUGCAACAGACCCCAUCUCCAAACUUUUCUGAAGCAGGAACGCCCUAUGCAAACACAAACUUUUGCACACAUACUUCCAACCCAUCUCAGGAUUGUAGCAUCCAAUGAGUUAACACCAGAACAAUUAUUUGGUUUUAUAUUGAUGCAAUAUUCACACACUUUACAUUUGAUCUUAACAACCUGUAAUUUUAGAUGUUUCCCACUAGUGGGAGUCUUAAGUAUUUUAAUAUUUUCAAGAGGAGAAUUUUGUAAUGGAUUUUACAUGCAGUUUUUAGAAAA